AUGAUAAAUGUCAAUAACAAUUUAGAAGAUGAAUUUGAUGGACUCACAAUAGAGAAACUAUCAGGUAUUAAGAGAUCUGUUUUAUAAUCUCGAGAUGUUCAUGAUUGGUUUAAGAAAAGAUAUAAUGAUAAAGUCAAAAAGAAAUAUUUAUAUUUUCCUGAAGAAAUAAAACAAUAGUUGGAAGUUAAGAAGAUCUUCUAAAAUUUCGACCAAAACAAAUCAAGUAUAGAAGUUAAAUUUAAUUUAGACAAUUUGGAUAUGAGUGAGUUAUAUGAAAUGUUUUAAAAAAAUGGUUUCAAAAUCACUGAAGAACAAUCACAAAAGUUUUUCAAAAUUGUUGAUAAGGAUAGAGAUAAUGCUUUAAAUUGGAGCGAAUUCAAAAAUUCAGCUUUCAACGAAUAGGCUGCACAAGUCUUCUAUGAAAUAAUGAAAGAACUAAGAGAGAAUAUGGAAAAAGAACAAAAAUUAGACAGUUCUUCUCCUGCUGGAAAAUACAUGCCAUUUACUUUUAACAAUAUGAUCUCUUAUCUAAGCUAUCUGGCAAGCAGAGAUGAACUAAAAAAAGCCAUUGAUGACACUUCCAUAACUCAGUUGGAGAAAUUCAAGAAAUACAUGGAAAUGAUCAAUUUAAAUUCAACAAUAAGCGUCUAAAAACGAAAUCAAUCAACACCCGAAGUUGAUAUCCUUCAUGAAGAAGUAGGAGAAUGCCAAAAUCUCGACCAAGAAUAAGAAUUUAUUAAGAGAAAUGAACAACGGUUUAACUUAUACAAAAACUCCUUUUAUAAUUCUCAAAGUGCUUCAAAGAGUCCCAAAUCCUAAAAAUAACCCAAUGUGAUGCCAAAAGAAUAAUUAUUGAGAGUACCCAAAAAAUUAAGAGAAAUUGAUGCUAUUGUAAGAUCACAUCAAAUUCCUGAGACUUAAAGCCUAUUUAAAUUAAAAGAAAAAACUAAUAACUCAAUCAUAAAAUUGAAACAAGACGUAUCUAAAUAUAUACAUUUAGCUAAAACCUAAUAUAAUAUAAAUGUUGAUGAGUUAUAAAUAUAAAGCACAAAAAGUAAACCUCCCCUUACUUUGAAAAUCAGGAACUUCGAAGAAGACUUUAAAAAUGCAUUGGCAGCACACCAAAUGUCAUAAAGUAAUUCUGAACCCUAUUUUAAAUUCAACGGGUCAUCAGUUUAAGAACAUCAAUUGCCAAUUCUUGAAGAACAAUCAAAGAUUAUUACCAAUCCAAACUUAUUUGGAGAUCAUCUACCAAUUUCAGUUUAUAAGAAUUAAGAAAAUUUUAAAGAACAUAACAAAAUUCAUUUAAUUCAAAUACAUGUAAGUCUUUAUUCAAAACCUAAAGUGAUGUAUAAGAUACAACAUUAUUAAUAGUUUACAAAAACUGCUAUCAGUCAAAAAUCUAGAUCUUAAGGAAGAUUAUGA